AUGAACGAAUUCGCCAUGCUGCCAUUGAUCAACGUGGAUCCACAAUGGCCCUCGAUAGGGGACGUUCACUUUCAGAACGUCUGGCUCAAGUACCCUGGAACGACAAACUGGACCCUUCGCAAGAUCAAUCUUCACAUUCGCCCUGGCUGCAAGCCUCCUGUAUCUGAGCACCCAUCCGGCUUAGCUGCGAACUGCUUUCCUAUCCAUUUGCAGUUGGGGAUAAUUGGUCGAACUGGCGCCGGAAAGAGCUCGCUUGUGUCCCUCCUCUUUCGAUUGGUGGAAGUGCAGCGGGGGCGGAUACUUAUCGACCAGGUGAACACUGCUCAAUUACAUCUGGCUGAUCUGCGCAGGAGAAUUUCCAUCAUUCCGCAGGAUCCACUGUUAUUCGCGGGAACCGUCCGCAGCAAUCUUGAUCCAGAAGACCAUUUUGAUGAUGACGCCCUGUGGCAUGCUUUGGAGACGGUGCAACUAAAGUCGGUUGUGGAGACCAUGUCAAGCGGGCUACAGAGCCAUCUAGCUGAAGGUGGGUCCAAUAUGAGCCUCGGCCAACGCCAACUCUUUUCCCUCGCACGAGCUAUUCUCCGGGACAACAAAAUUCUUGUGAUCGAUGAGGCCACGGCAAAUGUGGAUCUUGAAACCGACACUAUUAUUCAAGAAACAAUCAGAACGCACUUUACCGAUAAAACAAUUCUCAUGAUUGCUCACCGCUUGCACACGAUCAUAGACUCUGACGAGGUUAUCGUCAUGGAUGCCGGACGAGUGGUCGAGCAGGGCUCUCCGUAUGGCCUCUUGGACCCUGUUGGGGCAGCUAGACUAAGCAAACAGCUGCGCGAUUCGGGAGAUGCGACCAUCGUUACCACGGAAGGGCUGGACGUAGUAGCCUCCGCAGUUAGGAUCACAAGCAACGGUCCCUUUGCAGCCAUGGUUCAACACACCGGCAAGGACUCUGGUGCAGAAUUGGUGGCUCAAGCCAGACAAGCCUUUAUGCGUAAAAUUGCUUCCUAG